AGGUGAGUGCUGUUAACUUCAUAUUCUAAUAAUUUAACAAUUAUUCCUAACGGUUUUCCGUUCGAAAAAAAAAAAAAAAAAAAAAAAGUAAUAACAGCUAUUUUGUCCCUAAAGAUUUUUGAUUUGGUGUUUUUUCUUGCUAGAUGGAUAGUGAUAGCUCAUCCUCCUCCAGUUCGAAGUCGGAAACAAGCCCGUCCAGGGCGGCGCCAGAGGCAGUUGCAGAUGCUGGUAGGAAAAGGGUUUCCUCUAAAACAAAAAGAUACGCUUCGGCACCAAAGAUCUUUGCAACCUUCACCAACUGGGUCACGCAAACGCUGAGGAGUCGGGGCAUUCGAGCCUUGAUUUAUCUGGACGAUUUCCUGCUGGCCAAUCAGGAUCGAAUAGUCCUUCAAUCACAGUUCGUGGAGAGCCCAGAGCCGCUUCGCGUACAGUUAUCGCAAAUUGGGUGAAGAGUCUCAUGAAGAACGCCGGGAUCGAAGCAUCUGCAGGCAGUACACGGUCGGCGGUCGCGUCCAAAGACUGGCUACUUAAUUU